UCUUGGUCAUAUCGUCACUGUUCUACUGUUCUCCCAGCUGCAGCUGUGGAGGUGUCAUUCUCACUUGGGCUCUAUCCUGAGGCCGGGCUGCUGGGAUUGAUGGCUCCAUGGCAUUGGGGUUCUGAGUGGUUCCCUGAGGGGCUGCUGUGGUAACACAUUCCUGGUCUGUAACCUCUGCUGUUGGAGGGCUCUACCUGCCUCCCUAGGAAAUGGAGCCCUUCCUAUCAGCUGCAGCCUUGUCCGUCGUGGUCUCCGCUGGGCUCCCCAGUGCCCUCCUGGGGUUGUCCUCUCCACUGUCACUGUCCGGCCUGUGGCUGCAGGGCCUCCAGUCAGAGAUGUGAGCUGGGGUUGGUCUGCAAAGAGCAUGCAGGAGCCUCUGCCGUUCACGAACAGCCCUGGCAGUCUUGGCACCCAUUGGGGGGCCUUGACCAGCACUGGUGGGCAGACACUUUCAGGGAGCCGCCGUCUGGGGAAUCAGGUGGUGGGUGGUCCGGGGAGGCUUCCCCAAGGGGGUGGUGUGGGUGCCAAGACCCCACUCGGGAGAAGGGAUACCAGGGGCUUGGCUGCCGCCUGUGGCUCAGUUUCCACUCCUGUCCCGUCAGGAGCAGCAGCUGCGUCUCCGUCAUGGAGCUCGGCCAGGACGCGGGGGCGAGGCUGGGGAAGCCCGCAUGUGCUGAGCGGGUGGAGGGAGGGACACUGGCCGGGCCAUCACCAUCCCGGAGCGCGUCCGCGUGCAGGGCACGCGCGUGUCCCGGCCACGCGUGCGGCGGGGGCGGGCGGGCGGCUCGGUGACGCGGCGCCAGGCGGAGUGGGCGGAGCGCACGGGCCGGGGCGGAGCGGAGGCAUCCGCAGCGCAGCCCCUCCCGGCCUGGCCGUCGACCCCGGACCGGCCCGGCUCUAUGGACAGGAGCUCGCUGCUGCAGCUUAUCCAGGAGCAGGAUGGACAGAGCCAAAAUGAGCAGCUGGACCCUGAGAACACGGGCUUCAUCGGUGCAGACACCUUCACGGGCUUGGUGCACAGCCAUGAGCUACCCCUGGAUCCAGCCAAGCUGGACAUGCUGGUGGCCCUGGCCCAGAGCAACGAGCGGGGCCAGGUCUGCUACCAGGAGCUGGUGGACCUGAUCAGCAGCAAGCGCUCAAGCAGCUUUAAGCGGGCCAUUGCCAACGGACAGCGGGCACUGCCCCGGGAUGGGCUGCUCGACGAGCCGGGCCUGGGCGUCUAUAAGCGGUUUGUGCGCUACGUGGCCUACGAGAUCUUGCCCCGAGAGGUGGACCGCCACUGGUACUUCUACCGGCACCGAAGCUGCCCGCCCCCCGUGUUUAUGGCCUCGGUCACUCUGGCCCAGAUCAUCGUGUUCCUGUGCUAUGGGGCCCGCCUCAACAAGUGGGUGCUGCAGACCUACCACCCCGAGUACAUGAAGAGCCCUCUGGUGUACCACCCCGGGCACCGAGCGCGGGCCUGGCGCUUCCUCACCUACAUGUUCAUGCACGUUGGGCUGGAGCAGCUGGGGUUCAACGCGCUCCUACAGCUGAUGAUUGGAGUGCCCCUGGAAAUGGUGCACGGCCUGCUCCGCAUCAGCCUGCUCUACCUGGCCGGCGUGCUGGCAGGUGAGGCGGGCGCACAGCCCCCGGCCACCUCGCCGGAAGGCCGCCUCCUCAUGGCCGUCCCCUUGCUUCACACAGGCUCCCUGACUGUCUCCAUCACUGACAUGCGGGCCCCGGUGGUGGGGGGCUCUGGCGGAGUCUACGCCCUGUGCUCUGCACACCUGGCCAAUGUCGUCAUGAACUGGGCUGGGAUGAGGUGUCCCUACAAGCUGCUGAGAAUGGUGCUGGCCCUGGUGUGCAUGAGCUCGGAGGUGGGUCGGGCCGUGUGGCUGCGCUUCUCCCCGCCACUGCCGGCCUCGGGCCCGCAGCCCAGCUUCAUGGCGCACCUGGCCGGAGCGGUGGUGGGCGUCAGCAUGGGCCUGACCAUCCUGCGCAGUUAUGAGGAACGCCUUCGGGACCAGUGCGGCUGGUGGGUGGUGCUGCUCGCCUACGGCACCUUCCUGCUCUUCGCCAUCUUCUGGAACAUCUUCGCCUAUGACCUGCUGGGUGCCCACAUCCCUCCACCACCCUGAGGGACUCCUGGAGGCCACGUGGGCCAGGGCGUGGCCUGCAUGCCCACCUUCUGUGAAAGUAUGUCUUCGGGCUGCUUCUCCCGCGAGGGCAGGUGGCCCCUGUGGCCUACUGAGUCCAAACCAAGCCUUACACCAGCCCUGGCCCCCCUCUGAGGCCCGGGGGGGGGUUAGGACUGCUGGGCCGGGCUGGGUGGUGGAGGUCCCAAGGGUGGUCCCAGAGGAACGCUAUCCUGGUCUCCCUCCAACACUUGCAGUCUGAGCCUUUUUGGAGAAUAAAUAUUUUACGCAACA